UGCCGGCGAAGGGUUCUGUAUCAGACUCAACUGGUCUACAAAAAAAAAGAGUAAACGCAAUAGAUUUUGCAAAAAAUUUAAUAAAUAGAAAAUUUUAUUUUAAUAUAACUUCAAAAAAGCAACUAAUUUAAAAUGCCACGUGGUAAAUAUGUAAAUCAUAAAGGACGCAGCCGCCACUUUACCUCACCCGAAGAAUUGCAACAGGAAAGUGAAGAGGAGAGCACCAGCAGUGAAGAGUCAUCGGGCGAGGAGGAGGAGGAAAGACCUAGUGGCAGCAGCAAUAGAGCACGCGGUGCCAAACCAAAAUCUAUUGCUGCUCCUGCUGGUAAAAUGCCCACAAGCAGUGAAGAAUCCGAUGAAGAUUCUGAAGAUGAUCGUGGUGCUAAUAAAGGUGUCGCUGGCCUAAUUGAGAUAGAAAAUCCCAAUCGUGCUGUCAAAAAGGCCACACAAAAAAUCACCAAACUUAGCUUAAACCCUGAUGAGCCACCACCCAAGCCCGAAUUGUCCCGUAGAGAUCGUGAACAAAUCGAAAAGCAAAAGGCCCGCCAGCGUUAUGAGAAAUUACAUGCUGAAGGCAAAACGGCUCAAGCUAAAGCAGAUUUGGCACGUCUAGCAUUAAUAAGACAACAACGUGCUGAUGCCGCUGCCAAACGGGAAGCAGAAUUAAAAAAGAAAGCAGCCGAUGACAAGAAAGCCGCAGCAAAAGCAUAGUCUGUGAGGCCGAGUAAUGCUAAUCCUGGCAACAAUUUCUUCAUCUUUCAUAUAUAAUUUUUUUUUUAAUUACUAUUAGUAAACAAAUAUUUUUUUCUAUAUAAUUAAAAUAACUAAACAAUUGCAAUGUUUUUUUAUAUAUAAUAUAUAAAAAAUAUAUACAAAAAUAUA